CUACAGACACAGGACACACAAUGAAGCUUCUCCUUCCCUGGGCUCUGCUGCUGCUUGCAACGGCCCCAGGCCCAGGCCCCUUGCCUGCAGCAGAUGCCCAGGAGAGCUGCUCCAACCGCUGUGGGGAACUGGGUAGGCUCUGCUCUUGCCACCCAACCUGCUUUGGCCUGGGCAACUGCUGCUCAGACUUGCGGGACUUCUGCCUAGAGAUCAAACCCUACUCAGGCUCCAUGAUGGGCGGCAAGGACUUCGUGGUGCAGCACCUCAAGUGGUCCAGCCCUAUCAGCAGCGUGAUCUGCAGGUUUAGGGAGAGCGUCCAAACUCUCGGCCACGUGGACUCCCUUGGACGUGUUCAUUGUGUGUCACCCUUGCUCUACGAGACUGGCCGAAUCCCCUUCACCCUCUCCAUGGACAAUGGCCUCUCCUUCCCGAGAUCAGGCACCUGGUUGGCUGUGCACCCCAGCAAAGUGUCGGAGACGGAGAAGAGCCAGCUGGUGAACGAGACCCGCUGGCAAUACUAUGGCACCGCAGGCACCAGGGGUAACCUCUCCCUGACCUGGAACGCCUCAGCUCUGCCCACAAGCUCCGUCACCAUAGAGCUGUGGGGCUACCAGGAGACAGGGAAGCCAUACUCAGUGGGGUGGACAGCACGGUGGUCAUACCUGUACCCCCUGGCCACAAACAUCCCCAACUCGGGCCUCUUCACCUUCAUUCCAAAACCCGCACCGCAGAACUACCAGAGGUGGCACGUGGGUGCGCUUAGAAUCGUCGACAGCAAACACUAUGCGGGAGAGAAGGACGUGCACGCGCUCUGGAGCAACGAGCAUGCGCUGGCCUGGCACCUGGGCGACGACUUCCAGGCGGACCCCGUGGCCUGGGCCCGCACUCAGUGCCUGGCCUGGGAGGAGCUGGAAGAUCAGCUGCCCAACUUCCUGGAGGAACUGCCCGACUGCCCCUGCACCCUGGCCCAGGCCCGAGCUGACUCUGGCCGCUUCCAUACUGACUAUGGCUGUGACAUCGAGCAGGGCAGCGUGUGCACCUACCACCCAGGGGCUGCGCACUGCGUGCGCUCCGUGCAAGCCAGCCCCAAGUACGGCUCAGGCCAGCAGUGCUGCUACACGGCGGAAGGCACGCAGCUCCUGACGGCCGACACCACCAGUGGCAGCACCCCUGACCGUGGCCACGACUGGGGUGCACCCCCAUUCCGCGCACCGCCCCGAGUGCCUGGCCUCUCCCACUGGCUCUACGAUGUCAUCAGCUUCUAUCACUGCUGCCUCUGGGCGCCUGAUUGCUCCCGCUACAUGAACCGACGGCCGUCCAGCGACUGCCGUAGCUACCGGCCCCCUCGCCUAGCCUCUGCUUUUGGGGACCCACACUUUGUCACCUUUGAUGGCGCUAACUUUACAUUCAACGGCCGCGGCGAGUACGUGCUGCUGGAGUCAGUGCUGACCAACCUGAGGGUGCAGGCUCGGGCUGAGCCCAGGACAACGCCUGAGGGCAUGCGGGACCGAGGCACGGGGCUGACAGCUGUAGCUGUCCAGGAAGACAACUCUGACCUGGUGGAGGUCCGGUUGGUCAGUGGCACACGGAUCCUGCAGGUGCUGCUGAACCAUGAGGUGCUCAGCUUUGCUGAGCAGAACUGGAUGGACCUGAAGGGCAUGUUCCUGUCAGUGGCUGCUGGGGACAGCGUAUCAAUCAUGCUAUCAUCGGGGGCUGGCCUGGAGGUCAGCAUCCAAGGUCCCUUCCUGAGUGUAGCCAUCCUGCUGCCUGAGAAGUUCCUUACCCACACUCGAGGCCUCCUCGGGACACUCAAUGACGACCUCACAGACGACUUCACCCUGCGCAAUGGGCAGAUCCUGCCCCCCACCUCAAGUUCCCGAGAGCUACACCGGUUCGGGGCUGACUGGGCUGUGCAGAAUGCCUCCUCCCUGCUCACAUAUGACUCUCGGUUCCUGGUCAACAACUUCCUGUACGGGCCCAAGCAUGACCCCACCUUCCAGCCCCUCUUCCCUGAGGAGGUCAGCCCCAGCCAGACAACUGAGGAAGCCAAACUGUGUGGGGACAACCAUUUCUGCAGAUUUGAUGUGGCAGCCACAGGGAGCCUGAGUGUGGGCAAUGCCACACGGGUGGCCCACGAGCUGCACCAGCAUCGUGUGCAGAGUCUGAAACCUGUGGUGUCCUGCGGCUGGCUGGCCCCACCCCGCAAUGGACGGAAGGAAGGCAUCAAGUACCUGAUGGGCUCCACUAUCUAUUUCCACUGCGACAAUGGCUACAGCCUGGAUGGGGCACAUGUCAGCCUCUGCCAGGCUGAUGGCACCUGGUCCAGGCCUACCCCAACGUGCCAGCCAGGACGGAGCCACACCGUGCUGCUGAGCAUCAUCUUUGGAGGCCUGGGGGUGGCGGCUCUGGUUGCCGUGGUCUAUGUGCUGGUGCAACGCAGGAAGAGCCACAGGGCCAUCUGGACUUCGCAGCCCUGAGAGGAGCACUCUUGGCCGGCGAUUUAGUACACCAGGCCACCCUGGAGCCGAAGACCAGCCUCCCAAGAGAAUGCCCGAACUCCCAAGAGUGCGCACCCAGUACCUCAAUCCCCAAAUCCCUGGCACCUGGACCUAGACAUGUGAUAACUGAGCCUUUAAUGCCUGUGGACCCGGGGCCUGGUGUCCUCCUCUGUCACCUCAGACCCAGAUCCUGAUUUCUAACUGUGCAGUUCCCAAGCCCCUAUUUCCCAAGUACUUGCAUCUCUAAUUCCCCAGACUCAAUGCCCUUGAACUCUAACACCUGUCUCCCCAGCCCCAGUACCCCAGCAUCUGAUGCUCAAUUGUCAAUACCUCAGAUCCAGUGUCUGAUGCCCUUGCCCCUGAUUCCUGAUAGACUGAGACCUGGAGCCCCAGCACUCGGCUGUCUUGAUUCCCAGACCCCAGGCCCAGCCGAGACUGCAGCUGGGGCCAGUCUAGGGCAUGGAGAAGCCACAGGACCCCUAAGUGAAGAGUCAUCCUCUGAACUCCGGGAUUGUAACUAACUUCUGGAAUGUCACUUGAAACAGCCCUCCCUGCCUGUACAAGGAGAAAACAAACCUGUGGUGCCCCCU